AUGUCAGACCACAUACCUUUCGAAAUCCAAUCGGAAAUCAUGAACAUGUUUCCUGUGAAAUCGUUGCUUCGAUUUCGAUCGGUCUGCAAAGCAUGGAGGUCUCUGGUCGAGAGUUCUGAUUUCAUUACACAUUAUAGGAGCCAACAGCAGCAUCUGCUUGUAAGUUAUCAUGAUCGUUAUGAGCAAAAAAAUGUUUUAAUCGUUGAUGAUACUUUUCCUCAACAGAAAGUUUCACUGAGUUUCCCUGUAUCUGUUAAGGAGAUGCUUAAAUACGAUCCUAGGAUAAUCAGCAGUUGUCAUGGCUUGGUGUGUUUCUACUGCGAUAGUGCUCGCAAGGCUGUUAUUUGGAAUAUUUCAGUUAGAAAAUCAGUUGCUGUUUUUGUGCCCAACAGUGUUAUAUAUGAAACAACUCUAGGGUUUGGGGUUUGUCGUAAGACUAGGGACCCUAAGAUUGUCAAGAUCAGAUAUAUUGGCUGGUGGAGGAGUUUGGAUAUCAAUUCUACUUACAUACCUUCGCAGGUUGAGGUUUUUACAUUAAGUACGGGGGCUUGGAGAAGUCCAUUUGGCCGCAAUCUCCCUAGAACAUCAGCUCAUUAUUAUCACAAUGAUGAGGUAGUUAUAGAUGGAGUUUUUUAUUGGCUUGCUACUGAUAGCAACACCAUGUUGAUUGUUUCAUUUGAUAUGACAAGUGAAGAAUUCAGAGAAAUAACCUUACCAGAUGAUUUAUCACAAACUCAUUGUAAUCGUAUUUCCAUGUCGUAUCUAGGGAACUCUCUUGUUGUGGAUACGAUAAACAUGCCAUUAACAGGGAUUUAUGUGUAUGGAUGA